CCUAUGGGCAGUCCACCACCGCCGCCCACGUCAUACAGCGAGCCCAACUCACGAUCGUUCUUCAAUGGGUAUGUAGCCGGAGGAGCCUAACAGUCCAUCCGGAGGUUACUCGCGCAGUUCGAUAAGAGUAGAGGAGUCGUUCUCGACUCUCUCCCGCGGUCGGUCGUCGUACCACACAGGUCGCUGCUCGGUGGUUUGCGUCUCGUGCAGCUUACCUGCGCAGCAUUUGUAAUAAGCAUGAGCCAACAGGCGAUCGCCCUCAUAGAAUAAAAUCAGUGCUCCUCGGAUAGGAUCGGUUCAUUCCUUAACGAGUUCAUAAGUAGUAGAUACCACGGCGGUUUAUUCGCUUUCGACGUGCUAGUCGCGUGCGCAGGAUUGAUCCUUCCUUUACCUAAUCGGGUCGGUCGGUGGCGGUUGCUGCGUUUCGAAACGUGUGCUCGAUUUCUAAGAGCUUGCCGUGUGCAGUUCCUUCCUACUUCCCGGUUAGUUUCGAGUGGAUUUCACAGCUGAAUUGCGAACAUUGAAGUGAUUGUCGAAGUGACGACGCAGGUGACCUAUCAAUUGGAUACAUUCAUCCAUUUCGUUCCAUCCGCCGUUUGAUAAAUAUUGCGACAAGCGAGAGUGUACUUUUCUACUAGUCGCCCUCCUUAGAGAGGUGCUUCCAAACGUGAAUUUUGCAUUUCAAAUAAGCAAUUACAGCUGUCAUAUGAAAUAAUAGCUGCUUUGGAUAUAAAUUAGUUUACUGCCCCUGGUGAUACAUGGAAUUGCAUAUACCAGUGUUCUAGUUCAAGUGAUAGUACAAGGUGUUGUUAAUUUCGAUACACCUAAAGUUAAGUGAAGUGCUACAAGUUUUUCAUCAAUAAUUCAAACCUCAAAAGUAAAAGUGCUUGCUAUAAACAUGCGUUUCAUGAUUCAUAUCAGUGCCAUCGUGAGUGUGUUAUUCAUUGGUACUGAAGUUUUUGCGGAACCGCCGAAUGAUAUAACGACGGAAGCUUCAAAUGCAAGCACCCGAGCAAAUCUUGCCGACGAAACAGAGUUAGUAGACACGACACAGCUCAUCAAGGAAUAUCAUAGUACGAACCCCAUGACGGGAUACAAUGAUACUACGAAUAGCAGCACAACGACGGACCAGCCUGGCGGAAGCACUAGUACCAGCACCGUCAGUGCCAACACCACCGAAUCCAGCUCGACGGCAGAGAACAAAACGAUGACCCCGGAGGAGAUCCAGCGGCUGCUGUUGCCGCCUGCCAAGGUCGAGGCCAGUAUAUUGCACCUGAAUGCGUCGGACGAGGUGCAUGAGAAGAUUAUCAAAGAAUCAGACUGCCCUUCGCUAGAGGAAGCGAACAAACUCUCCCAGACACAGCUGCUCCAGCGGUUAACACACGGCUGCCGAUACGAUCGAUUGGAGCGACCAACUUCAUAUUCUGAAAAUGGAACUAAACUUCCGGUACAGGUGUAUGCUCGAGCAUACAUUUAUUUUCUACAGAACUUGGAAGCUCAUGACCUGCAGUUCAAAAUUCACGCUCUACUGCAGCUUCGAUACGUUGAUUCGCGAUUGGUCUUCAAGAAAGUUGCACCAAACCGAACGGAGCCCAUCAUGGGAGAGCAGUCCCUGAGAGAUGUGCUGUGGGUGCCUCAUGUAUUUCUUGCCAACGAGCGUAGCUCGGAUAUCCUGGGCACUGCGGAGAAGGAUAUUCUUACAUCUGUAUCGCCAGAUGGUACUGUGAUAAUUUCUACACGCAUAAGUGCCACGCUGUACUGCUGGAUGAACCUGCAAAAGUUCCCUUUCGACGAGCAGCAUUGCUCUACCAUUCUUGAGAGCUGGAUGUACAACGAGGCUGAUCUCAACUUACAAUGGGAGAAGAAAUCCCCAGUUACCUUAGCGCCUGAACUUCACCUAACGGAGUACGUGCUUCUUGAAAUGUUUACGAACGAAUCGGUGAUAAAUGCUGAUUUGAACGAUCUUCGUCAUGGAGCAUUUGCUGGCAACUACAGUUCUCUAAGCUUCACCGUUCAUCUAUCGCGAGAAGUGGGUUUCUACCUGAUGGACUACUUUAUCCCUUCGAUUAUGUUGGUGGCCAUUUCGUGGGUUACUUUUUGGCUCCAGGCCGACCAAUCUGCUCCUCGGAUAACUCUUGGAACCAGUACUAUGUUAACGUUCAUCACAUUGGCUUCGGCGCAAGGUAAAACUCUCCCCAAAGUUAGCUACAUCAAAGCCUCGGAAAUAUGGUUCCUUGCCUGCACUGGCUUUAUCUUUGGAAGCUUGGUAGAAUUUGCAUUUGUUAACACGAUAUGGCGUAGACAGAAAAACGUUGAGCUGAAGAAGAAGAACAGCAAAUACAUUUUAAAAUCAACAUUUACGCCAGUACCGUCGAGAAAAAACAAUGGAAAUCUACAGAAAUCUCACUCAUGUACAAGCUUGGAUGCUCAAUCGACAAUAACUGCUUCAAACAAUUCAUACAACAAUUACCUUACCGUUCAUUCAUUCCCGUCGAAAUCAAAUUCACUGCUUCCAAUAAUAACGACCUCGAAUGCGGACUCCACUGAUACUCGCAAUGGAAACAUAGCGAUCAAAAUUGAGGAUACAUCCGGCUCUACGAAUGACUUGAGCAAAACAAAUGAGCAGUCCAAUGUUAAUGGUAAUGGAUGGACAACAAUGACGCCGCAAGAAAUUUCCAUCUGGAUCGACAAAAGAUCAAGAUUUGUGUUCCCAGUGUGCUUUUUCAUUUUCAAUAUAUUCUAUUGGUCUUUCGUUUACUACUUAUAGUCGAUCAGUCUAUCAUUUAAGAUUGCAAUCCUAAAUUAUAAAAAAGAAUAAUGUGAUGUCCGUUGAAAUAUUGUUUUCUUCAAAAUAAUAUGUUCAGAACGUUAAUGAACUGUAUGUGAAUAACUAUGAAUACUGAUUAAAUAUCCUUAUUAUUAUUGUAAAUAAUGUGACUUUAGAAAUCUAGAAUUCCGUACAACAGUGUCCGAUACUAGAAAUUAAGGAAUUAAUGUGCAAAUGUAUUAGUCUAACUAUUUAUGCUAGUUGAAGUAAAUGUGAAUGUUAUAAUAUAAACGUUAAA